AUGCCCGUUGGCCGAGGCGGCCCGCCUCGUGCUCUUCGGACCGAGACAUUAUCCGCUCCGGAACACGUGCCUGGCGGCCAUGUCGGGUCCGGACUAGCGCAUCUUCCGGAAUGGGCGACGCGUCACUUUCGCGUCGCGACGUGUUGGGCGCCUAAGGCCAGCGCCCGCCCGGGCGGCUCUGCAGAGAUCCACCACCACCACAGACUAACUUCUCUUCUCCGAGAAAUCCACCAAGAGUGCAAAGCAACCGCUUCCUUUGGCUUCCGGUCCAUGCGAUUUUACGCCCCUGUCGAUUAUGCGGCGCAAUUAGACGCCUUCAAGGACUUCCUGCAGCACUUCAAAAGCUUUGCAUCGUCCGACGCCUCCGCUGCGACCGAAGCGAUUGAAGAUCUGCACAUCGAUGGAGAUCGCACCAGCGACGAGUAUGACUUUAUGGAUGAUGCGGAAGAUGGUGAAGGGAGAGAGGGAGCUGACCGUAGACGCCGCCAACCAAAGCUCAAAUACAUGCAGAUGUUGCAGGAUGUAGCCGACCGAGAGCGGUCGAGUAUCCUCAUCGAGCUGGAUGACCUGGCUACCUUCGAAAAAUCACUCCCCGAGGACACCGACCUGAAGCUCGUCGAUUCCGUGCAGAAGAACACCAAGCGAUAUGUCGAUGUUUUUUCGUCCGCUGCCGACGCCGUUAUGCCCAAGGAAACUAAGGAGAUUACGUUCAAGGACGACGUUCUGGAUGUUAUCAUGUCGCAACGCGACAAACGAAACGAGGCUAUGAACAUGGCCAUGGAGGCCGAUAUGGAUGCAGUCACCGAACCCUCGAUAUUCCCCCCGGAAUUGACCCGUCGAUACACCUUGAAUUUCAAGCCCCUCACUCCUUCGGGGUCCAGCAGUGAGCGCGAGGGCAAGGCUCUUGCCGUCCGGAAUGUGCGGGCUGAGCAUCUCGGUAGCUUGAUCACCGUCCGCGGUAUCACCACUCGUGUCUCGGACGUCAAACCUGCCGUUCAAAUUAACGCCUAUACUUGUGAGCGCUGCGGAUCUGAGGUUUUCCAACCGAUCACUACGAAGCAGUUCAUGCCCCUGACGGAAUGUUUGUCGGAAGAGUGCAAGAAGAACAACAGCAAGGGACAGUUGCUCCUCUCCACUCGUGCCUCCAAAUUUAUUCCCUUCCAGGAGGUGAAAAUCCAGGAGAUGGCAGACCAGGUGCCAGUCGGCCAUAUCCCUCGAACUAUGACCAUCCACUGCCAUGGAAGUCUCACUCGACAAGUGAAUCCCGGUGAUAUAAUCGAUCUUGCAGGAAUCUUCCUGCCUACCCCUUACACGGGUUUCAGGGCUAUCCGCGCCGGUUUACUCACUGACACCUACAUCGAGGCCCAACACGUCACCCAGCACAAGAAGUCUUACAACGAGAUGGCCAUGGACAGCCGAACUCUUCGGAAGAUUGAGCAAUACCAGAAGUCUGGAAACAUGUACGAGUACCUGGCACGGUCGAUUGCUCCCGAGAUCUACGGUCAUCUUGAUGUGAAAAAGGCACUGCUUCUUCUCCUCAUUGGAGGUGUCUCGAAGGAGAUGGGCGACGGUAUGCGUAUUCGUGGAGAUCUCAACAUUUGCCUGAUGGGUGAUCCUGGUGUUGCCAAAUCUCAAUUGAUGAAGUACAUCGCCAAGGUUGCUCCUCGCGGUGUGUACACGACCGGUCGAGGAAGCAGUGGUGUCGGUCUCACGGCUGCCGUGAUGAGGGACCCGGUGACGGAUGAGAUGGUGCUGGAGGGUGGUGCGCUGGUCCUGGCCGAUAACGGUAUUUGCUGUAUUGAUGAAUUCGACAAGAUGGACGAUUCAGACCGGACUGCCAUCCACGAAGUGAUGGAACAGCAGACAAUUUCCAUAUCCAAGGCUGGAAUCACCACCACGCUCAACGCUCGCACGUCUAUCCUGGCGGCCGCUAACCCUCUCUAUGGAAGAUACAACCCCCGUAUUUCUCCGGUGGAGAACAUUAACCUUCCCGCUGCAUUGCUUUCGCGUUUCGAUAUCAUGUUCCUUAUCCUUGACAAGCCUUCGCCCGAGGGCGACGAAGAACUGGCACACCACGUCACCUAUGUUCAUAUGCACAACAAGCACCCCGAGACCGAGGAUGCCGGUAUUAUGUUCACUCCCCACGAGGUCCGUCAGUACAUCGCCAAGGCGCGCACCUACCGACCGGUUGUCCCGUCGACCAUUUCCGAUUACAUGGUCGGGGCGUACGUGCGGAUGCGAAAGGACCAGAAGACCGACGAGGCCAACAAGAAGCAAUUCACUCACGUCACCCCCCGUACUCUGCUGGGUGUUGUCCGUCUUUCGCAGGCUCUCGCGCGUCUUCGUUUCAGCGAUGUCGUCGUCACUGAGGACGUCGACGAAGCUCUGCGCCUUGUCGAGGUCGGCAAGUCAUCCUUGUCCAGCGAUGGCCACAACGGCGGUGACCUGAGCCCCACCAGCAAGAUCUACAACCUGAUCCGCCACAUGCGCGACAGCGGUGCUGCUGCCAUUGGAGAUGGCGAGGAGGGUGCGCUCAGCAUGCGCAGAAUCCGGGAGCGGGUUCUCGCGAAGGGCUUCACGGAGGAUCAGUUGACGGUGGCUAUUGGCGAGUAUGAGAGUGUCAAUGUCUGGCAAGUUCUUGGAGAUGGUACACGCUUGGUGUUCCUUGAGAUUGAUGACGAGAUGGCUGAGUGA